GAAGGCCCCGGAACGAGGCCGCCCGCGCGGGCCCGCGCUCGCUUCCUCCCCCCGCGCGGCCGCACUCACCCGCUCCGGAGUCGGCCCAGGCGCCCCCGCCCGCGCUCCAGGCUGAGAAGAGCAGUGGCGCGGGCUCCACGUGCAGCGUCUCUCCGGGUAAGACGUGCAGCUCCCGCGACUCGAAGUGUGAGGCCCCUGGGCCCUUCCCGCGGAAUCGGCGCUGAGAAACUCCAACCCCCCCUCCCGCCUCCCAGGCGCCCCCGGGUCCUGAACUACAACUCCCAGCAGGUUGCGCGAAACGAACGCCCGAGGCAACGGAGGCUCGCGAGGCACAAGGGCGCACAACGCCCCAAUCCUCUUUGUUUUACACGCUCGCCCCUUCCCCGCACAAUCAUACACCUCCACCACCCCAAGGAACGGGACUCUGACUCGGGGCGGGGGAGGGGGGGGCUGAACUAGGGGAGAGGCGAAUCAAAGUGCGCAUGCGUACACCACCAGCUUUCCUGGAGGGAAAAGGAGAGCGGGUCAAGUUAGGCGAAGGAAAGAUGGCGGAGGCUUCGCCAGGGGACCCGGAAGCACUUACCCUCCACUUCCUCCUCCUGUUUGGCUUCUGUUUCACCUAGAGCCGUCCGGUCGCAGACUUUCUCCGAGACGCUUCCUGUCCGGUGAGUGUCGACCGACUGAAACGGCGGCCCAUAAUGCAUUGCGAUGGCGGGUAGGCGGGUGAGGGCGGGGUCAGGGCCGGAAGUAGAACGGAGGUGGCGGCGGUGGCUUUGGCAGCUCGGGGACUGAGUGCAAGAAUCACCAUGAUUGUUCAGAGGCUCUUGAAGUUCUCCUCGCUCAUUCAGUCUGCAGUCUCAGUUCACUUCAGGAGGAACAUUGGUGCUACGGCAGUGGCAUUUAAGGAACUUGAUCCUGUACAGAAAAUCUUUGUGGACAAGAUUAGAGAAUACAAAACGAAGCGACAGGCAUCUGGAGGGCCCGUUGAUACUGGCCCAGAAUAUCAGCAAGAGCUGGAUAGAGAGCUUUUUAAGCUUAAGCAGAUGUAUGGCAAAGCAGAUAUGAAUACGUUCCCUAACUUCAAAUUUGAAGAACCCAAGUUUGAGGUCAUCGACAAACCACAGUCCUAAAGAAAUGAUGUAAAAUGGAUCUGGUAAUUUAUCCUGCAUUAGUUUACAACUUGUGAGAAGUAUCAGAAUAAACAUACAUUUCACCGCUGUCAAAUGUACUUUUAAUUCUGAUUCCAAAUAAAUAAUUUGGCGAUGCCGGG